AUGGAAUCAGUAAGCACGGCCACCCUCAACACCACUCUCUGGAACGAGACCACCAGUACCGGCAGCCCACCGACCACCACAUUGGCCUACCAGUACAUCGGCUUCCAAGUCCAGAAGGUUUACCCUUUCCAUGAUAACUGGAACACGGCCUGCUUCAUCAUCAUGCUUUUAUUCAUAUUUACGGUCGUCUCUCUGAUGCUCCUGGCCUUCAUUUACGAGGUGCUUGACUGCUGCUGCUGCGCCAAAGACAAAACCCUGAGCGAGUUGGAGAGUGAGCCGAGCCCUCUGCGAACCAUGAUGGACAACAUCCGGAGGCGGGACACUGAAGUGGUUUAG